AUGAAGCUGCUGCGGAGAAGGGACAUCCCGGAGGAGAGGUACACCAACGCCUUUCUUGGGUACGGACCAGAGGACUCGCAUUUUGUUGUGGAGCUCACUUACAACUAUGGUGUCGAAAGUUACGAUAUUGGGUCUGGUUUUGGUCAUUUUGGAAUUGCUGUUGAGGAUGUCGAAAAAACAGUGGAACUUAUUAAAGCAAAGGGAGGAACAGUAACAAGGGAACCAGGUCCGGUAAAAGGUGGAAAGUCAGUCAUUGCCUUCAUUGAAGAUCCUGAUGGUUACAAAUUCGAGCUUAUAGAAAGAGGUCCCACACCUGAGCCUUUGUGCCAAGUAAUGCUUCGAGUGGGAGAUCUUGACCGUGCUAUAAGUUUCUAUGAGAAGGCAUUUGGUAUGGAACUUCUUCGCAGGAAAGACAAUCCUCAAUACAAGUAUACCAUUGCUAUGAUGGGAUAUGGCCCUGAAGACAAACAUGCUGUACUGGAGUUGACAUACAAUUAUGGUGUCAAGGAAUAUUAUAAAGGAAAUGCUUAUGCACAGAUUGCUAUUGGUACUGAUGAUGUCUACAAGACCGCGGAAGUCGUUAGACAAAACGGGGGACAAAUAACUUGUGAACCUGGUCCAUUACCUGGCAUUAGUACCAAGAUAACUGCCUGCACAGAUCCAGAUGGCUGGAAAUCAGUAUUUGUUGACAAUCUAGAUUUUCUCAAGGAGUUGGAAGAAUGA